UGAAGAGCGGAAGGAUGCAAGAGGAGGAAGAGGAGGCGGAGUUGGAUGAAGUGAUCGCUAGUGAUCUUGGCCCACUGAACACAACGAUCAUCUCUUGCUUAAAUCAUCAUUCCCAAAUUAAACAGUUCACAAGAGAGCAGACAAGAAUUCACGUGCAGCUCUUUUUAAUCUUUAUUUUAAAGAGGAAAUAUUUUGAAAGGAUUGGUCUUUGCAUUCUUAUGGUAGAAUAUUGAAUAGUACAUAGGGAAAGUUCUUAGAAAAUCACAAUGACAGCUGACAUUGAAAAGCAGCCCCCAUCUGAUGAUGAAAUACAGCCUGCAAGGAAACUUGAUAUAUUUGAUGUUGUGGGAGGCAAUGGACUCUGGCAGAAAUUUAUCUUCUUGGUUGUCAUAUUCUACGCAAUACCGAGUUGUACGCACAAUUUGUCUAUGUCCUUUCUUGCACCUAAUUUGGAACACUGGUGUGCAAGACCAGAUGGAAUAAAUUGGACUGUAGAAGAAUGGACGAGUGUAGGACUUCCAGAAGAUGACAAACGAUGUUCCAGGUAUAAAGAAAUUAACUUUACCCAUCCAUAUGAUGAAAAUGGAACAAUACAAAGAAGUGAAGAAAUUGUGUCUUGUGAUGCUUGGGAAUAUGAUACAUCAUUUUACACGAACACAGUUCUUAACCAAUGGGAUCUUGUUUGUGACCAGGAGUGGCUGGUUUCCAUGUCUAAAUCUGUUUUUAUGGCUGGAAAUAUUUUGUCGAAUUUCGCAUUUGGACAUAUUUCUGAUCAAUUAGGUAGAAGACCUGCUAUUACUACAUGUGCUUUCAUUGCAUUUACCUCUGCCAUCAUUCAGGCAUUCUCAACUUCCUUCAUCAUGUUUAUAGUUACUCGGUUUUUCUUGGCUCUCGGCAUAUCUGGUGUAUACAACAUUUCAUUUGUUUUGUUGAUGGAAGUAAUUGGAGCUGAACAUAGAUCAUUUUACGGCAUCGCAAUUAACUUUGGUUGGUGUGUUGGAUUUGUCAGUUUGCCCGGAUUUGCUUUUGUUCUUAAAGAUUGGUUUUGGAUUCAGAUAGCUCUAACAGCUCCCUGCGUCAUACUCCUUGGAACUUGGUGGCUUUUACCGGAAUCACCUCGUUGGCUGAUGUUCAAAGGAAGAACAGAGGAAGCUCACAAGACACUGAUGAAAGCCGCAAAGAGAAACGGAAAAAAUCCUGCCGACAUUGACAGUAAAAUAAGGAAACUCAUCUCAAAAGCUACAGAGGCAAAAGAGUCGGGGGAGUCAAAUGGUAAUUUUAUUGACCUCUUUAAGAAUCCUAGCCUUUGUAAAAUGACACUGAAUAUUUACUUUCUAUGGUUCGUAAAUUCCAUAAUUUAUUACGGAUUGUCGUAUAACACCAACGAAUUGGCUGGCAAUCCUUUCGUCAAUUUUGCUGUAUCUGGUGCAGUGGAAUUCCCAGCCUAUUUUUGCACAAUGUUUGUAAUUACUUCGCUCGGAAGAAGAAACCCAGUAGCUGGUGCUAUGAUAAUCGGAGGAAUUGCCUGUCUUCUUAUGUACCCUCUGCCUACAGAACCUACGUGGUUAAUUACUGUUGUCUCUAUGGUUGGAAAAUUUUGUAUUACGUGUUCUUUUGCUACAAUAUACGUCUACACUUCAGAACUUUUUCCAACUGUUGUUAGGAAUCUCGGACUGGGAACAGCCUCCAUGUUUUCCAGGUUUGGAUCCCUCAUCGCUCCUUUCGCACGCGAACUUGGAAAUGCAACCCACCCAGUUGUGCCCCAAAUUAUAUUUGGAGUUCUUGCCUUCAUAGCAGGGCUUUUAGUUCUUUUAUUGCCCGAGACAAACAACUGUGCAGUGCCAGAUACUGUUGCUGAAGCAGCUGCAAGGAGAAAGAAACCUAAAACAGCCAAGAUUCAAAACGGCAAUCACGUCACAGUUACACUUUCAACAGAAGAAGAUGUAAGUGACAUACAAGAAGACGGCCCCACAAUUAUCCAACCAUCUCCAAAGUUACAAGAGAAUGGAAAGAAACUAGAUGUGUUACCGGAGGAGGAAGGACAUGAUGCGGAACCUUCAGCUGUCCCGGACAUUACAGAUAAUGAGGAUGUGCCAAGUUCCGCAGCUGUCACAGAAAGCAAUGUCGAUGAGAAUGUUGUUGCUGUCGACGAUACAAAUGUUUCUGAAAACGAGAAUGAGAAAACAAAUCUGUGACGAACUAUUUCUUUAGCCAUUUUGCAUCAGAUAUUAUUGAAAAGAGCUGUGAUUUUCGAUCUUACUGUAAAAGAAGAAAUUGUUGAAUUUUGUAAAUAUUUUUGGAUGGUUCCAGCCAUUGUUCUUGUUUUAUUUGUUUUGUGAAUCAUAAUGGGAAAUGUGAGUCAGAAGCUGGCAAGUUUCUAUUUUAGGAAUUUCUGUACUGGAUUUUCCGAACGGAAUUAAUUUAAUCGCUUUUAUUGUCACUGCGGAAUACUAGCACAGUUUUGUAUGGUGUAAUGUUUUUGAUUAUGGAAAAUACUUUUUAAACUUUAUAAAGUUAAACAGCUGUUUUAGUUUUAAAGUUUGUAUGAAACGUUUUGUAUCUAUUGAUUUCAAGCUCAACGAACAUUGUGGAUAAACCAAGAAACCAUGAUAUUAACUGUCAUAAGCCAUGCACAUUCAAUUUUUUCUCUAUUUAUGUACUUACAACUCGAGUACUAUGUGUAAAUAAGCAGUAUCGAUGAGAUUAACUAUAGUAAUACUUUUUAAGCAUUCAAUUUUCGUUUGUUUUCGAUGCAUAUAGAAAUUUAUUCGUAAUUGAUUUUUAAUGUAGCAAUUAAUUUUUUAAAAUUUAAUAUACAUAUUAAGAAUACUCAUUUCAUUAUUUGAUAAUUAUCAUCUCAUUUUUAUUCACUUAUAAGCUAAAGAAAUAUGCAACGCCUUAAAUUAUGAAUUAUUUUUUUAAAUCUCAAAUCGUAUGAAUUUAUGAGGCGAUGGUUACAAAAGCUUUUCUUUUUAUUUGUUUGAAAGUAAAUAUGUAAGUUAUCUACAAUUCUAGAAAACUGAAAAGAUGUUAGUUGAAUUAAAACAAAAGCUUAAGUAAUAACUUGAGGAAGUAAUUUUAUUACUUCAACUGUUAAAAUCGGAAAAAUUACACUUAUGUAUGUAUGGACGUUAUCACCAAUCUUAUUCAAGACUAAGAUUUGAAAGGACUUAAACAUAGGAUUUAUCAUUCUAAUUAACAUUGAAUUGAUAAUACUAAUUGAUAUCAUAAUUGAUAUUGAUAAUGCUAUUUGAUAUUGAAACAUGGAAUGUACUGUCUAUGAUAUAAAUUCUACAAUUAUAGCGGAAUUUGUAUAUUUUUAGGAAUUAUAGCAAAGGCCAGUGGUAGCAAAUGUAAUGUUUUAAAUUAGAUCAAAAAGAAAUAUUCCAUAAUCACUAACAGACAUAUUAAGGGUCAGAGAAUCAAAUAGUGAUGUUGAGUUCAGAAAAAAGUUUUAUGAUAAUACUUUGUUCUAAAAACUUCUGUUUUGGUUCUCUACUGAAAAAGAUAAUUUUCAAAUGUUUGAGGGUAAGGUCAUUUCCUAAUGUACUGUCUGAUAAAAAUUUUCAAUCGGAAUUUGCUGUUCGGGAAAAAUCAUUUUGACCAUAAAUAAAAUAAAACUGACAAUCAUAAGAUUAUGUGUUAAUAUUUUAGCAAAAUGUAAACUUGCUAAAUGCCCACAAUUGUUAUUCAGCUAUCACUUUCUUACCACUUGGAAAAAUAAUCCUCAAAAAAUUGUAGGUAAGUAAUUGUAGGUAGGUAAUUGUGAUUGUAGGAAAACCUAAUAAUUAAAUCCAAGAAGUAUAUGGUUGUUCAAGAAAUUCGCAGAUCGUCGAGGUUUUAUAUAGAAAUUAUCUGGCAAUUUUUUCACUAAUUAUGGUGAAAUUGUAUCAUACGAUAGUACAUUGAAAUAUGAUAUAUCUAUAUUGGUGGUGAUUAAUCGAUUUUAAAUUAA